GUCGACUCGAAGGUCAAGCGACCAGUCCAGAACUUUGUUCUCUUACAACGCUGCACCUUUUCCCCUCUUUAUCAGCAGCAAAAUACCGCACUUCACUGUCUUCCUCUCUCAUUCCAUCUCCUAAAACCCACAACUGCUAAAUUAGGGCUCUCUAAUCUUUAAGUUUACAUGGAUAGGCAUAGGGGAGACCGAUACGAGAGCGGAGGCGGAGGCGGCGGUAGCAGCAAUAAUAUCAGCAGCAGCUACAAUCAAGACUCCUACCAUAAUCGUCGACCCUCUCGCUUCUCAGAUGGCCCAUCUCGAUUUUCUGAUGGUCCCAUGAACCGCUUUUCAAGCAAUGGUAACAAUACUGGUAGCAAUUACGACCGCGGUAGCCCCAACUAUCGUGGUGGUGGUGGUGGUCACCGCCCCUUUGACAGUCCUCCGCGUCAUCCUCCACUUGCUGACGUUGGAGGUGUAGUAGGAGGAUUUGGACCGGUAGGAGGCGGCGCUGUUGGUGGAGGAUUUCGGCCAAUGGGUGGCGGGAGUGGAGGGUUUGGGCCUAAUUACCAGGCGCCUCCGCCGUUGCCGCCUCCGCAGCCUCUCUCGGGUCAGAAACGAGGGUUUCCAUUUAGUGGCCGCGGGAGUUCUCCUGAUCGUCUUGAUGGUGGUAAUUUUGCCAAACUAUUUGUGGGGUCUGUUCCAAGGACUGCUAGUGAAGAAGAUAUUCGACCUUUGUUUGAACAACAUGGAAAUGUGAUAGAGGUUGCUCUGAUCAAAGAUAAGAGAACGGGACAACAACAAGGUUGUUGUUUUGUAAAAUAUGCAACCUCUGAAGAAGCAGAUAGGGCCAUCAGAGCUUUGCACAAUCAACAUACUUUACCUGGAGGAGUGGGUCCAAUCCAAGUAAGAUACGCUGAUGGAGAACGAGAGCGUCUUGGUGCAGUUGAGUACAAAUUGUUUGUGGGAUCAUUGAACAAACAAGCUACAGAAAAGGAAGUUGAGGAAAUUUUUUCACCGUAUGGUCAUGUUGAAGAUGUCUACCUAAUGCGGGAUGAAAUGAAGCAAAGCCGUGGAUGUGGAUUUGUUAAAUACUCUCAUAGAGAAAUGGCCCUGGCAGCUAUAAAUGAUCUUAAUGGAAUCUACAGAAUGAGAGGCUGUGAUCAACCACUGACUGUUCGGUUUGCUGAUCCUAAGAGGCCUAGGCCUGGAGAUUCGAGGGGUGGUCCUGCAUUUGGGGGUCCAGGCUUUGGCCCUCGAUUUCAAGCUCCAGGGCCCAGACCGACAUCCAAAUUUGGUGAACCUAUGGGUGAUCGAGGUACACCUAAUGCUUGGCAUCAAAUGAGUCCGCAAAAUAUGGGGCCUUCUCCCAAUGCUGGUGUCCGUGGUUUUGGGAGUCAGCUAAUUCCUAGGUCUGGUGACCUAUCAGUGCCUUCAAAUCAGGGUGGUCCUUCUGAUGGUGCUCCACAAGGACUCAUGGGUUCUUCUACUGCCCAACCUGGUUUUAACCAACCUUUGCAGCAAGUCCCACCACCAGUCAGCCAGCAAAUAUCACCACUACAGAAACCCAUUCAGUCUCCUCAGCGUUUUCCGCCUUCUCUUCAACUGCACCCUCAAGUGGCAUCUUACUCACAGACACAAACUCCACUUAAUGCUGGUCAAACACCUUUUACUCAGGCACCACCAUUGCAGCAGUAUCCUGGUAUGAGCGGGCAGUUGUCUGCCUCUCAACCGCAGCUCCAGCAAGGAGCCUCAUCUGUAACAUCAUUACAAGCACCUUUGAAUGUCAACUUACAUUCCCAUUCUGUGUCUCCAAUGACAAAUCAACAGCAGAGGCCUGCUUCUGCUCAGCAGCCACUGCAUCAGCCCCUUCAGCAGUCUCCUUCCCAAUUAGCUCAGAUGCUGUCACAACAGACACAGAAUCUGCAAGCAACCUUUCAGUCAUCUCAGCAGGCAUUCUCGCAGCUGCAACAACAAGUCCAGAUGAUGCAACCAUCAAAUCAAGGUUUAACAUUACAGCAGGCUUCCCAGCAUGCUAAACAACAGUGGCCAGGGAUUCCACCACAAACAGUUGCUAGUAUGCCUCCCACUACGCUAGCUUCAGAUAUUCCUCCCUCUACUUCAUCUGCUUCUGUUGCACCUGUAAUACCCCAGCCAGCAGCUCCUGUAAAGGGCAAUUGGACAGAGCAUACCUCUCCUGAAGGGUUCAAGUACUAUUAUAACAGUGUGACUCGGGAAAGCCGGUGGGAGAAACCAGAGGAGCUGACAUUAUAUGAACAACAACCGCAGCAGCAGCAGCACCAGCAACAGCAACUGCUGCAACAAAAGCCUCCAGUUCAGCAGUCUCAAGCCCAGUCGAACACUCAAGUCCUGCCUGCUCAUCAAGUUCCACAAGCACAACAGAUGCCGCUUCAAACUCAGUUCCAACCACAGUUUCGCCACCAGCAACAGCUGCCUUCCUUUCCUUCACCGUUUGCUGCUUCUGGAGUUAGGGCACAACAUGAUUCUCAGGAACUUGGUUAUGCUCAAUUACCUGCAGCCACUAGUUCAGUGAACGAUCCAACACGCUUCCCGCAGGGACUUCAGGCUUCCCAGGAGUGGAUGUGGAAACACAAGGCAGCUGGUUCUGGAUCAUGAAGUGGAGAAGUGGAUUCCCAGGCGGAUGAGUGAAAUAUUGCUGCUGUUGAAAUGCCUAGGAAGAGAACGGUGGUGCUCUCAGCGACAACGCAAAGAGAAGGCAGCAGCAGCAGCAAUUGCUAUGAGAGCUUAAAAUUCUAAAUGAGAUGCAACUGUAAUGGUUUUAACCAACCUUUAGUUUUGUUAGUUAUUUUGGCGAAUUUACUGUUGUAUUAAUUUAAUUAGCAAAUUAGCCUAUGUACCAUUAGUAUUGGAGCAAGUUGUGUCCCAACUGUGUAUUGUUGAAAGUAAAAAAUUUAUGUAACAUGUUCACUAGUAAUGAAUAUUAUUACAUGUAGCUUAAACCUCAUAUCGGAGACGUAAACGCAAUCAAUGAUUGUGAAAUAGAAUGGCUACAUUUGGUA